ACUAAUGCAGUCAUCUUCUCUUUCAGUUUAGAGUUUUUGUACCUUGGAGGGAAUUUCAUUACUUCAAUCCCACCUGAGUUAGCGAACCUGCCUUCGCUAAGCUACCUAGUGCUGUCUGACAACAAGAUUCAGAGUAUUCCUCCACAGCUAGCACAGUUGCAUUCCCUGCGUUCCCUUAGCCUUCACAACAAUCUGCUGACAUACCUCCCCCGGGAGAUCCUAAACCUGGUUCACCUGGAAGAGCUGAGUUUGCGCGGGAACCCACUGGUUGUUCGCUUUGUCCGUGAUCUGACUUACAAUCCCCCAAGUCUCCUGGAACUGGCUGGACGCACCGUUAAAAUCCGCAAUAUUCCCUAUGCUCCCAGUGAUCUCCCAGGGAAUCUUGUCAGAUAUUUGAGCUUGGCCAGCAAUUGCCCCAAUCCUAAGUGCGGAGGUGUCUACUUCGACAGCUGUGUCCGACAAAUCAAGUUUGUUGACUUCUGUGGGAAGUACCGCCUGCCGCUGAUGCACUACCUGUGCUCCCCAGAAUGCUCUUCCCCCUGCAGCUCCGCCUCUCAGAGCUCCACUUCCCAAAGCGAGUCUGACUCAGAGGAUGAAGCCAUUGUGGCUGCACACAGGAUGCAGAAAGUUCUUCUUGGAUAAAAGGGAGCGGUGGACUGGAAGAGAAACAUGUUAGUAAAGUAAUAGUAGGAAUGCAGGGCCUGAGGCUCUUUCCUGAGGGACUCAUUAGAAGUGGUCCUCAAGCCAUGCAAGGGGCAGCACACCUGAGCAGAUGUAGAAUUGCUUGGUGUGAUGCUACGUAGAAGAACUAACUCAAUCCUGUGCCUGCAAGGGAUGACAUGGGUUUAGAGUUAUCACUAAAGUAUCAUGAAGAUCUCUGGGAGAUGUGUGUAAAGGGGUUGGGGAGAGAGGACCUGCCAUGUCUGGGAAACCUGUCUACAGGGGUUUUUCAUGGCAUGACACUUUACUACUGUGAUUGGCUUUCACACCAUAUGAAGCAAAGAAGACUGUUCUUGUUUUACACUAUGGUAUCUCAGAGUGUAACUGCUCUGCUUGGUGUACGAACACCAUUGCUAUAUUUAUCAGCAAUUCAUUCCAUAUUAUGCUUCUGUUUCCUCCCUUGAUUUCUGCUUACGUAUAUUUACAUACUCACCCCCCCCC